AUGUCUGCAACGUCAUCCGCGUCGUGUACUAUAGUCUCGGGGUCCUUCAUAACAUUGGGGGCUGCCUGCCGAGAACUACUGGUCGACAACAAGACUGCUCUCGCGAAGUGCUUCAUCGACCUCGAGACUGGUACCAAGGACUACAGGUUGACCAUGCGUGACUGUGUCGAUGCCAUCACGGUUCCCACACCACUCCCUGCCGGCCCCCUUACGGCUCCGACAUCGAGUGAAACCAGUGAUGGCAGAGCGGGCACCACAGCCAGUGGUACAUUCCCGACUCAAGACAGCACUCAGCAUGGCUCCUCUGAGACCCCAACCGACGUCAACGUUGCGUUCGAGGACAUGGUCCGUACAUGCGAACGGAUCGCAGAUGACAAUCUGCUAGACAUAAGCACACCAACUUGGGUGAAGCCAACGGCCAAAUGGUUAUCCAGAUGCCUUAUCGACAAGGUAUCCCAGGAGUACCGCAUUGCCGUACCCGAUGAUUGCCCGCUGCCAACUCGUGGUGAUCUUAAGCGCGAGAUAGCGACAGCGAGAUCCAGCAAGUCGGCCCAUCCCCGUGAGACUAUCGCGCCCUCGAGAGUGUCGUAUCCGGGUCAGCAAACCGAUCUAUCUCGAGAACACGAGGAUUCCCCUGUGACUGAGAUAUCCACAUCUCACUGGACGAAAGCCAAGCAGCAUGCACUCCGAAGCCAAGUCCGUCCCUUGAUCAUUAAAACCGAUACCACCAAGUCAUCCCAAAAUGAGGUUCUGAAGCAGGUCAACACCCUACUUGGUAAACCGAUCUUGAAGGAGUUCUACUUCGACGGGAGCGACAUUGGUGCGUAUGCGGAUUGGAGGGUCCGGGUCUGUGAUGAGAUCGACAACUACAACUGUUCACGUGAGGUGAGCGUUGAGAUAGUAUGGGCUUGUCUCAAACCCUCACUACGGUCUCGCAUAAGACGGCGUGUGUCCAGCACUGAUCGAGUCCAACGCGGACAUGUUGCCAUAUUCGAUGUUCUCGACGACAUCUAUCUCACGCCUAACGAGUUGAAGGCCUUCAGCAGCCGAUGGGAAAAGGUUGUACAGCUGCCUAAUGAAACUCUUCAGGACUACGCUCUGCGAUUUGAAGAGCUCGUGCAUACUCGACGAUCUCUCCUUGAGGCCGACAUUCCCGAUAGUGAGUUGGUACAGAAGUUCUCCAAUGGCUUCUGCGAACCUGCUGCCAUACUCGCCAAGAUGCUUGUCGAUCCUCUCGGACGUCUGGACUAUGAAGGCUUCAAGCUAGCGGUGGUAUCCUUCGUGCAGUCCGGCGACGAGAAUGUCAUUCCCUUGUUGGGCUCCAAACCAUCACCCGGUGCUCCCAAGCCAUCUGCGUCUGAUACCUCCAAGAACGCCAAGAAACCUCUGGCCCGCAAGGCAGCCUUCGACACUGAUGAUUGCUACGCCCAAGUUCACCUUGCCAUCACCAAGUCCCUGGGGCUAGAUCAAAAGGCCUGUUUGCGUUGUGGCCAGAACGCCAACCACUUUGCAAGAGAUUGCAACUCUCCCAACAUCUACAGAUGUGCCGACCGUUGCCAGACGUGCGGGGACCUACGAUCUGAGAAUCAUCGCUGUAGGAUUUCCCCACGGAGGGUGGUGUGUUCAAGGUGUCAUAAAACAGGGCACGUUGCUGGUGUCUGCCGUAGUCAGCGCAAGAGCAGCUCUGGCAAGCGCAGUGAGGUGCCCGAGUCUGAUGGUGAGGCUCAGUUCAAGGACAAGUUUCCUGUCACUAACUCUAAGUGUGCGCUGGUGACCUCUUUGGCGGCGGCUGCUGUCCGCAAGAAUGCCCCCGACCCUGUUGUCGAUUUUCUCCGACGCCUUCCCCGCCAACCUGAGGUACAUCUAACUCUUGGUGUUAAUGGUGCCUACUGCAAAGCCUCCUGCUUAGUGGACUCAGGAGCCAAUUGCUCCCUGAUCAGCUCCGGCUUGGUUGCCUAUCUCACCAAACGUGGCGUGAUCAAGGAUAAGGACGUCGUACAACUUCCCAGUACGAUUCCUGUCAGUGUAGCCUCUGGCAAGAGCAUCUCCGGGUCUCACAUCGUUCACAUCGAAUUCGCCAGUGGUCGACUUGAGGGUACACUGGAGUUCCUCGUCUGCGAUGAUGUCGAUCCCGACAUUCUUUUGGGUACCAACAUGUUCCCAGCCAUAGGUGUACAACUGACUUCCACUGGCGAGGCGGACACCACCAACUUCCGGUGUGCUGCUUCGACUACUGCGCCUCCUCCCGAUCCUAUUAUGGCCGCUCGCGCCACUCCAUCACUUCCGACUGCUGAGAUUGUGCAGACUGCUGAGGGCAAGCGCGUGAUGUGUCAUUGUGGUCCGUUGGAGAGGCUGGUCUUGUAUCCUUAUCGAGAGAAGCAAAGGCAGCUGUCCCAGACCAACAACCAGAUCCUUACCCAUCGUAUGCUCACUAUGGCUUCACAGGGCAAGGUCGAGUCCUGCAAUGAGGCUGAUUGCACUGCCGUCCUUGCCGCUGUCAUCUGCGAUAAGGAAUCGGGUGUUCGACCGCGGGUGUAUCCUGAUCCGAUGGUGGAUAAGCGAUACAGGGUCACCGUGGACUGUAGGCCUAUCAAUAGGUUGGUAUUGGUAGGAGAUGUGGCGGAUGAAGAUGCCAACAUGAUGCUGAUGCCUCAGACGAUGAUCGCCGAUGGUACCCCACAGCUAACCGACGCUGCUGUUAAGGAAGCCUUUCGACAAGCUGAACCGAACAUCACCGCAAAGCUCAACAGCAUCCCCUUCUCCUACCAAGCCUACUACAAGCUCGAUUUGACCGAUGCCUAUUCGGGAGUUCUCCUACCUCCCGCACUAAGGUCCAUCUUUGGCACUACUUCCCGGGCUGGCGAUGGGCGGCAGCUGUGGUGGGUGUACAAAGUCCUUCCCCAAGGGUGGGUGUUCUCAAGCUGUCUCUUCAACUCGGCCAUGCAGCUUCUCGUGGACAUCAUCAACGAACAGCUACACCGACUACAGAUCAAGGCUGUCUGUCGCCAUAACAAAGACGACAUUUUGAUUGCUGCACAGGAUGCCCAGAACUGCCAAAAAGCCGCUGAUGUUGCCAUCCAGAUCUUCAUCGAGCAUGGUUUUCACCCUAACCCAGCCAAGUCCUGCGGUCCCACUGAUAAGGUCCAUUUCUGUGGUGUUACUCUCCGAGGUGGCUUUCAUCGUCCUGAGGGAUCUCGACAAGCCUUUACGGAGUCCACCUACUCGCUAGCGUGGUCCGAGUUUGUCACUCCAUCGUUGAAGUCGAAGAAGGUGACCGACAACUUCGAGACCCUGCGAUUGGCACGACUUGGGUGGCUCCGAAAGUGGUCCGGAACUAUGAACUACCUCCGCAACCACCUACCUCCGGAGGCUCUUACAAAUCUCUAUGUCCUACAAGACGCUUUGUCCCGCUACCAGAAGCAUGACUGCCCUCUUCUCCAAGAAGAGCUCAGUGAUCGCCAGAACGAGCGCGUGACUGGUAUUGGUGAAGCUUUCCAAGGGCUGCUGCAAUUCUAUCUGUCUGGUAUACCACCCAUGGUAGCGACCCAUCUUGGUGGCUCACUGCUGGGUACGGUGGUGCUGGGAGAUUCCAAUACUGACUCAUGGGCUGCCAUCAUUCUCAAGGCAGUAUUCGACGAUGCUGGUGACAUCAACACCCCACAUUCGCUCGACGUUCCGGUCAUCUUCCCUGAUAGCAUGUCGCUCUUCGAUACAAAUGACCCCAAGCCUCUCGUCUUCCUCCCUGUCCGCAUGCUGGGUGGCCGCUGGAGCCAGACUGAUAGGAAGAGGAGUAGUACUUGGAGAGAACGAGCGGCUGUGGUGGCCGCUAUCGCCGACGCCGAGUCAGAGCUGGAGGGUCCUGUUACUGUGGUCUUGGACAACCAGAAUGGUAUGAAGACGUGGAAGGACGUAUUGGACACCUUCCACGGCGUUUGGCUUACUCGGUGGGAAGCCUUCUGUCGCAAUGUCAACAAGGUCAUAUGGGUUCCGAGGUCUGAAUGUCCGCGUUGGGCCGAUGCCCUAGCUCGGAGUAUUGCCAACGAUGAGCCCGUGACCAUAACCGAGACUACUACAGAGGCUAUCCGAAGUGAUUACCCUCAGGCCAAUACGGCUGUUACCGCCAGUCUGGGAUCAUCGACGUCCUCAACAUCCGAUCCAGUGCCACCAUCGUCUACUCCUCUGCCCUUGACCGAGACCGAUGAGCCGGAUCUCGGUGCUAUCGAUGUGUGUGUAAACCUACUCGAUGGCCUCAGGAGGUGCUUCCUAGCGUGGAAAACAAGAGUGCCGUUCGAGGAGAGUUCCGAUGUCCCCGUUGACCCCGAAUCCGCCCGCCGAUGGCUCUAUGAUGUCCAGAGGGGGGAUGAGGAGUGUGGUAAGGUUCGCUCUCUCAUUGAUCGUAAGCUGUCUCGUUUUUGGAUUGACGAUUGUGGUCUUAUGCGAUUGAAAGACGGCUAUGUGAUUCCUAGAAAAUAUGCUCCUGAUAUCGCUCGGAAGUAUCAUUACUUCUACGGUCACUCGGACAGCAAGCAGACUACUGCAUGCAUCUCCAAGCACUUUUAUAUAUUUGGGUUGGCCAAGGCUGUCCAGAAGGUCAUUAGCCGGUGUAUUUGCCAGUAUACCCGUGCCAGGAGGGGGACCGACAGGCCUGUCGCAACUUCCCUUGGUGGUGCUAUGGUUCCGAUGGACUGUGUCUUCAUCGACGUCGUUGGUCCCCUACCCUUGUCAGCCAAGCAUCCCUACCGGUUUGUAUUAAGCUGUAUGGAUGCAGCUAGUCGACAUAUCUGGUUUUUUGCUAUUAGCUCCAGUACUUCUCAGUCUCUCAUCGAUACCCUCGAGAGUAGACUAAUCUAUCCCUAUGGUUGCAUGCGUAGCUUGCGUAUGGAUAAUGCUCCAUCAUUCAGGUCAACAACCUUCCGUGGAUGGUGCUAUUCUAGGGGUAUCGUCCCAACCUAUGUACCGUCAUUUGCUCCCCAUCGCAAUUCUCUGUUGGAACGACAGCAUGGUGUCUUGAAGAAGGUGCUCAAGGUUCUGUGUGCUGGCGACACUGACCUGUGGCCCCAAUUCCUACCUGUUGCGAUGGCUCGAUGCAAUUCUCGGUGCUUGGGUGACACCUCUACUACCCCUUUUGAAUUGUUCUACGGUCGCCCUUGUUGCUCUCCGUGGAGCGAUAGGUUCUGUGACCUCCGCUCGGGUAUCUCUGAUGACUCCGUCAAGUUCGAGGCUGACCGGCGUUUGAGGCGAAGGAAUGCCCAACUCAAAGAUAUCAUCGCUCUUCUAGACAAGGCCGAAGCUGAUAGCUUCCUCCGAACCCCUACUACCAACCCCAUUAACAAUCGUCGUCAGUUCAAGAAAGGUGAUUUUGUACUCAGAUGGCGCGAGGCGGCUCACUCCCUUGACUCCUCUUGGUAUGGUCCUUUCACCGUCGAUGAAGUGCUGGGCAAUUACACUUAUAAGCUCAAUGAUGGCAGCGUCCACGAUAGCAAGAAUCUUUGUAUAUUCCAUCCCGUCCAUCAUUGA